AUGGAGGGCCCGCUGCCGGCUGCGUGGCUGAUCGGCAGGCUCGGCGCCGCCGCGGCCGGCCUCGGCGGGGCCGUGGCGCACGCGCUGCGCGGCCCUGUGGCCCAUGCGAGGGAGGCCGCCGCUGCAGUGCUCGAGCCGAAGACCGGCAUCUCGUUCCCCGGAGAGUUCGGAUUCCAAUCCGGUGACGACACCCGCUGCUCGCUGACGCUCGCGGGCGUCGGAGUGCGCAACAAGAGGCUCGUAGGUAUAAAAAACAUCAACGUGUACGCGGUGGGGAUGUACGCGGACCCGGACGCGGUGCGCGGGAAGCUGGGCGAGGCGUGCGCGGGCCGGCCGCGCGAGGACGUCGCCACCGACCAGGCGGUCCUGGACAGCCUCGUCAGGGGGGAACUCGAGUCAGGCCUGCGCCUCGUCAUCGCCUUCGGGGGGCUCACGCGGCAGCGCUUCAUCAGCGGCCUGCGAGAGCGCCUCGACCCGCUCCUGAAGAAGGAGGGCAAGCCCGAGGUCUGCGACGCGUUUGCGGCGCAGUUCGACGACAUCCAGCUGCGGCGGGGCUGCGAGAUCGCCUUCCACAUGUCCGCCGCGGGGCAGGUCACCACCGCGGUCGACGGCGCGCGCGUCGGGACCAUCGUGUCGCCGGAGCUGCAGCGGAGCAUCCUCGACAUCUACGUCGGGGCCGACCCCGUGGCCCCGAGCGCGAAGGCCGACAUCGGCAAGGGCAUCGCAGGCUUUGUUUCGGCGUGA